AUGAAGCCUGGUCCAGAUGACAAACUCCUCUCUGAGGCAAUAAAAGCGGGUAAUGCGAUGCGUUGGAAUCCUGCUCCGAGCCAGGUGGCUAGUGCUGAGGUUGAUCAUUCAUUUGAUCCCUCCUCAUUCUCCAUUGGCUCUUCCGGUGCCAAAGGAAAAUGGGUUAAGUAG